GGGACGGCCGCCCGAGCCUCGCCGCUCCGGCCAUGGGAACUGGGCCGCCCCCCGCCCCGCUGCCCCCCGCCGCGGGGCUGCCCCGCUGCUGAGCGCCGCCGCAGCCGCCCGCCCCGGCGAGGGAGCCGGCGCCGCCCGGGCGAUCUCCAUCACCCGCUGUCGCGGGCGGCGGGGGCCCCGCACUGCCGCUUCGCACCACGGUGCCCGGGCCGGGGCUCCCACUGUCCGCAGGCGGCAGCGGGGAGGGCGAGGAUGUCGGGCAGCACGGCGAGAAAAGUGCAGCCCUUCACGAUCAGCACCAGGCUCUCGCUGCCCAAGUGUGCCGCCGACUUCCCCGGGGCCGCCUGCCCCGGCAUCGCCCUCGCCUCCGCGCUGGACAGCCACCGCGGCCUCCGCCGCAGCAUCAACGAGCGCAUCUCCCUCUACCUGGCCCACGCCCGGGCCGGCCCCGCCGCCCCCGCGGAGCAGCCCCGCAGCCCCAGCCCUGGCGAGGACGGGGGCACCGACGAGGACCGGCUGAACCGCAACUCCCUGGCCCGCUCCAUUAAGAAGAUCACGCUGUCCAACUGGUACGGGGAGGCUGGCGCGGGGAACGCGGGGAGACCCGGGGACCCUGCCCGGGUCGGCAGCGAGAGGAACCACAACAACAACAACAGUAGGACAGGGAAAGCUCAGUUCAAGGUCUUCCUCAGGAAGGACGUGGAUGCAGAGAACGAGCAGCAGGAACCUGGGAAUCUUCAGGCCAGUGUUUUCUGCUCUCCGCUGGACAGAUGUUCUCCCUACUAUGCGCUGGCAGCAUCCCCAGUGUCGUCACCCCAGAAAGAGAGUCCCAAGGGCAAGGAAUCCGCUGCAGCACUGAGAUGCAGUGGGCGAAGCGCAGUGGGAGCAGCCCUCCUCCUCGACCCGAGUCCUCUGGUAGCCCAGUUCAACCGGGAGAUGCUGCAGGCAGAGGGCUGGGUGCGAGGCAAGCUGCGGGACCUAAAGGAUGGCUGCGACCUCCAGGACUUGGAGGAGGUGGCUCAGACCUUGCAGCGGGACAUGAAGGAUUUUGAGAACACGCUGAUAAAGCUCAACCAGAUGGGCGAGCAGCUGAUGUGGCAGGCAAGCCCCAGUGCUGAGGCAGUGCGGAGGCAGCUGCUGGCCCUGCAGGACCAGUGGCAGCUCCUGAAGCAGACAGCUGCCAGCCAGAGCAAAGCCCUGGGUGGGCUACGGAGUCUGCAGGACUUCAACAGGAAAGCUGAGCGGCUGGAGGCGUGGAUCAAGAGCAAGGAGGAGAAGCCGUCUCUGCCAGCCCUCCUGCAGGAAAGCCCAGACAAGAUCCAGCUCACCCGCCGCAUCCUUGACUUGAAGCAGGAGGAGCAGCAGUUUCAAAGUCUGCAUAAGGAGCUGAACAGCCUGGCCCAGAAGCUGGAGAAGCAAGGCAAAAGUGAGAGCAGGAACAUCUCAGCCCGGCGCAAGCACCUCAACAAAACGUGGCUGCGGCUGCAGGGAACCCUGAAGGAGCACCACGAGGCUCUGCAGCUGGCCCUGGAGGUGUCCGCCUUCUUCCAGCAGGCGGAUAUCCUGCUCGGGACCAUUCAUGCAAAGCACAGCAGCAUCUGUGGUGCAGGGAAAUCAGUGGAGGGUGUGCCAUGCCAGGAUCGGGAUGUCAGGGACAUAGCCAGCCAGGUGAUGAUGCUGGAUGUGACCAUGUCCCAGCUCCUCAACCUGCAGCCCAGCCUGGCAGCCCAGGUCACCUCAAAGCACCGAGAUGUCAAGGAGAGCUGGGCACAGCUCCAGCAGGCACUGAGGUCAGAGAAGGCUCCAGCACAGGCAAGCAUUUCCACGGGGAGCAAAGCUGUGGCUCUGAACACUGACCCCCGAGGAGAUAAUAGUAGCCAUGGGACUGUGGGAAAGGAAGCAGGAGCCAAAUGGACAAGAGGACUUGGGAGCAUGGUGGCAAAAGAUGUGCUGGGGAAGAUGGCGGAGCACAAGAGAGGGGAGCAGAGCAGCCCUGGCUCCCCAGUGGGACAGCCCCCUCAUAGAGGGGACAACAAAAGGAGGAGAGAGGCAGAGUCUGAGUGGGGAAUGCAGCAGCUGGAGGAUGUCUGCCAGGCAGUGAACGCACAGACUCUGUCCCCGUACAAUGAGAGUGUGGGUCCUGGAGACUCCCCGUGUCCUGCGGAGAGCCUGAAGGCAGCACGGAUACAGCAGAAGCCCCUGGACCACAGCUCCAGUGUCAGGGCUGUGCUCCUGGAGGGGCAAACACCGGGGAGGCCCCCAGGGAGCCCAAAGGUGGAGGCCAUGCUGCGAGAACUGGGGGAGUUGUGGGAGGACCUGCAGAGGAAGCACCAGGAGAAUGGCAUCGUGCUGCAAGAAAUUGAUAAGGCACUGAGGCUGGUGGGGGAGCUGGACCAGGCUGAGCGGUGGCUGCAAGCUGUGGGAGGGUCGCUCUCAGAACCAGCCGCCAUGAGAAGCCCGGCGGAGCUGCGCCAGGACCUGGAAGAGAUGGGCCAGCUGGAGAAGCAGCUCCUGAUGUGUGGCCUCAAGCUGCAGGCACUGCGGGAGGAAGCAGCAGGAGAGUCACCCACUGAGCACGAGGGGGCGAGGAAGAUGCAGAGGAAAGUGGAGCUGGUGGAGGAGAAGUUGGCACAUGUGCAGGCAGCCCUGCGGCGCCGGGCAGCAGACCUGCGGGACUCCCUGGUGCUGUCUGAGUUCCUGCAGGACCUACAAGAGGAGGAGGCACAGAACCAGCAGGGAUCUGCAGCGCCAGGGAGCAGGUGUCGUGGCUUGCAGGGGUCUUUUCCCCUGCUGUCAGCCCAGGCUGAGCAGCCUCCGAGCAGCGAGGACAUGAGCAGCCCCUUGGGACAGCUGCAGGAGGCUGUGGAGAUGCUGAAUGAUGCAGCGAAGGAGCGGGAGCGGGUCAUGGAGGUGGCAGCGGAGAUGGAGAGCCUGGAGCGUCUGGUGGCAGAGGUAUCCCCGCAGCUGGAGGCCCUUCGAUGCAGAGCCAAGGUGUUGGCUCAAGACAUUGCUCAGGCAGAGAGCGGCUUCACCACGGUGAAGAGCGAGAAGGACCUCCAGGGGCUGCAGGGCUUGCUGAGCCGCCAGCAGGAGAUGGAGCAUGCAGUGUCAGACACCCUGCAGGGACAGCUGGAGGAGCUGGAGAGGGCAGCUGCCCGCUUGCAAGAGUUGUGCCCCACUCAGCAGUGCCCCACCAGCCGGGAGGUGCAGGAGACGCUGUGGGCCUGGGCAGGGCUGCGAGAGCUGCUGCGGGAGACCCGGGCCCGAGUGCAGCAGGCCAGCCGGCUGCGGCACUUCUUCAAGGAUUAUUUAGCCAUGAUCUCCUGGACAGAGGACACACGGGCUCAGAUCUUCUCUGAAAGCCCAAGCAGCCCCAGCCUCCCAAUAACUCCAUGUGAAGAACUGGAGAGGAGGAUCGAAGAGAAGCUCAAGGAGUUUGAGGCACUGGCAGCAUCAGGGCAGCAGCUGGUGUCUGAGGAGCACUACCUGAGUGCAACAAUAAAGGAGCGCUUGGAGGAGCUGCAGAGCAUGCUGGGCUGGGUGCUGGUGCGCUGGCGAGCACAGAGGCACCAGCAGGACCUGGAGAGCAAGCAGGAGGACAGGAGGGACCCAAAGAGCCCAUCCCUUACCAGCCAAGAGCAGCACACCUCAUGUGCACUGUCCCAUCUGGAAAGCAUCCACAGCCCAGUGGAGUUCAUGCCCUGCUCCCUCCUUGAGCCUGUGCAAAGUUCAGAGCCACAGCAGCCAGGGAGAACAGCCAUCUCCACGCUGGCAUCGCCCCUCUCAGAUGCCCCAUCAGGAGUGGAGCAGAGCCGGGGGACUCCCAGCAGCAAAACACCUCAUGGUGCAGGACCCUGCAAGGAGCCUGUCACCUGGGAUCCUGCUGAGACCUCCACACUGCUGCUGCCACCGCGGGGCCCCAGUGGUCUCGGGGGGACGGUCAACCUCAUCCUCAGUGUUGGCAAGAAGGGUGAGAAGAAGAAGGCACAGCUGCUGGCCAGCGGCGAGCGGCCAGGGGAGGAGGCACUGCAGACGCUCCCCACCACUAAACCCUCAGGCUGUAAAACCUUUUGGAAGCGUUGCCAGGGGCUUUUAGGAAACACUUGGGGUAGUUUAAAGCGAAAGAGAAAGCCACCUCACCAGCCAGUGGAAGAGGUGCAGGUGGAGGCCAGGAAAACCUCCACUGCCAAGCGGCCACCCGCUGUCGUCCGCCGCCCUCCAGCAUCUGGCAGUGGGACACCACCUGUCUCCCACACCAUGCCUAAGGUUCCUCCGGGUAAAAUGGAGUUUCAGAUGAUGGAGGGGACACUGGAAAGGAAGCACGUAUUGCAGACAGGAGGGAGAAAGGCCAGCUGCCGAGCCUGGGGUCUCUUCCAUGCCGUGCUGAUGAGGCAGACACUGUGCUUCUACCAGGACCGCAGGGACAGCCUCAAGAGCUCCGUGGUGGCCCUUCCCCUGAACCUCUCUGGGGCGAUCUGCACCCCAGAUGCUGAGUACACCAAGAAGACCAACUGCUUCAGGCUUCAGCUGCAGGAUGGCUCUGAGUACCUCCUGAGGGCCCCCUCCCAGCCCCUCAUGAACGAAUGGGUCUCAAAGCUGCAGCAAAACUCAGGUUUCCCUGAAGUGGAUUACUUCCAGGCAGCGGCACAGCGUGUCGAGGGCACUGGCGGUACUGGGGGUUUCAGCAAGGUCCCCAGCCCUGGGAGCUCCCACCUCCAGGGACAUAAUCAGGUCAUGACUGCCAGGAGCCAGGAGAUCGUGGUGUUACCCUGCUCAACCACCCGGCUGCAGAGGUCUCUGGACAGCCAGGAUGGCCCAACCAAGGGGACUGUUGCAGCAGCAGAGAAUGCUCAGGGGACUGGGCACAAGGAGCAGCAGUGGUCACCCAGGGGGUCACCCGGGCUGUGGGACAACAUCUGCCAAGAAGACGACUAUGGGCUGGUGGCCAACAAGAGGAGGUCCUACUCCUUUACCUCAGCGACCUACCAGAAGAUCACCCCAGUGGUCAUGCCCAAGGAGCCAGUGGAGGCUGGGAGCAGCUACUCAGUCACCCUGUACAUAGGGGAGCAAGUGCCAGCCAUGCCCCGGGCACGCUGUCACUCCUUUGUGGCUCAAACAGGGAGCCCCCGGGACACGCUAGGGGAGAAGACCACCAGCCCCCUUCGCCCCAAGAACAAAUCUGUUUUCAAGAAAUUCUUUGGGAAGAAAGAGUGAGCCCCAGCCACAGGGGAAAAAGGUCCUAGCCUGCCUUUUAUCCUUCUCUGGGUACCAUCCCGGCAUGGUCUCUGCUCCCAGUGCCAGUUCACAGCUCGCUGCCUCCCCGUGGGAGAGAGGCUGUGGCAAGCAGCUCCACUUCAGCCAGCCUCAGGGCUGCACUGUGCCCCAGCCACCACAACCCCUGGCCUCAGCCUGGUGCUGAGCACCCCUCCUGCCCAGUGUUCUCACUGAGUGCCACUGGCUCCCCAGGCAUCCUGCCGACACACAGCAUAAGCAGAGGGGGAUGGAUGAUUGUUUUUAUUAAAAAAUAAACAGCCGCUUA